AUGGGAUCUCCGAAACACAGCUUCUCUUCUACCAGAAGACGACGGCGGAUUCCUCUCGACCAGCCGUCGAUUGGCUUGGCUGAAAUAUUCUUUUUGACGCUGUCUACGAGACAAACCUCUUUUGAUUCCGGUGAAAAUAGGCCACGCUUUCGUCCGUCGUAUGAUGGACAUCAUCAGAGCAGAUGGUAUCAUCCUCUCAACCAUAUUGAAGCUAACGAGUUAAGAAAACUUUAUGCUGAUGAUGCCCGUCACACGACGGACGAGAAGUUGGCAGGUUUUUGCCGAAAUCGUAGCAGAUUGUUUCGGAAACAACGUCGGCAAGAAUGUUCCAGUAAAACUGUUCGACAGCUGGUCUUCUGGUCGGAUCGACCUUCGAAUCUAUUCACAAGACGCUGUUAUUCUAAAUGA